UCCCCCCCGUUUUCUUUGUAGUUUAUGUUUGUUAUUUUUGUACCUAAAUAACGUUUAAACAACAUUAAACGCCGCAAUGGCGGCUGAUCCCGAGCAAGGGACGCCCUCACUGUCACUCAGAAACGGUUGCAGGUGUGUACCAGAGCCGGGGGUGACAGUGGAGGAGCUGCUUUUGAUCUUUGGAGAACAGGUAGGCUUUGAGAAUAUUCUCUCGGCCUCCCGCAUGAACAAAGCUGUUGUUGUAUUCCUUAAAUCGGAAUCUUUAGUUAAUCAGCUGAUUGUGAGUGGAAUAUGGGUGAAAGAAACGUUUGUAAGGGUAAACCCGCUGUCCACUCCUGCAACAAAAAUCACGAUCUCGAAUGUUCCGCCUUUUAUUUCAGAUGAAAUGAUUACGAAAGAGUUGCAAAGGUUUGGGAAAAUUGCAGGCCCUGUUAGAACGAUCCCCCUUGGGUGUAAGAAUGUCGCUUUAAAACAUGUUCUCUCGUUUAGACGUCAAGUUUACAUGUUUUUGAAUUCACCGGACCGUACAUUAGACGCGUCUUUUCGCGUAAAUCAUGGGGAUAAUUCCUACAUGGUUUUCGCUAGUACUGAAAGCAUGAAGUGCUUUCAGUGCGGAGUUUUUGGGCACAAACGUUUUUUUUGUCCAAAUAAGGAUGAAAAACAAACAACUGAUACAAAUACCGGGACAAAUGACACGGAAAUACAAACAGGAGAUAAACAGACACAGGGAGGUGGCGAGCAAAGGGAAGAAGAACAGCAAGAGCCUCAAGUGACAGUUUGCAGAAGGAUCUGCUCAAACUAGUUGGAAACAUCCCGGUCGUAUAUCAAGGGCGCUCUUAUAACAUUCCCAUCCUGCUUUGGCUUUUGGAUUCCUUUCCUUUCACGCCUCCAAUCUGCUACCUGAGACCUACCUCCAGCAUGGUCAUCCGAGAGGGUAAACAUGUUGAUUCGAAGGGCAGAAUACACCUGCCAGCCCUGCACAACUGGGACCAUCCAAAGUCUUCUGUGAAUGCUCUUCUGGCAGAAAUGAUCGGAAAAUUUGAAGAGGAACCUCCACUGGGCACCAAAUCUUCAGCACAUGGCGACACUCCCAGCAAUCUACUUGAUUAUGUGUCAAAUCUUACAAUUACUGAAGGUGGAAAUCGACCUGAUCAAGAGGUUAAAGUAUCUGUGAUUGGCGGGGGAGAUCUGGGAAUAGCUGCUGUGUUGAGCAUUAUGGCAAAAAGCUGUGUCGACAAACUGGUUUUGAUUGACAUACCAGAGAACUCAACCAAAGGAGGCACAAUGGAUUUGGAGAUUUUCAGCCUACCAAAAGUUGAGGUCUCAAAAGACCUGUCAGCUUCAGCAGGAUCUAAGGUAUUGGUCAUUACAGCGAAUGCCUGGAGUGAUGAGCAGUCAUAUCUGAGUGUAGUGCAGACUAAUGUGGACAUGUAUAGAGGGAUAAUCCCUCGUCUCGCUCAGCUGAGUCCAAAUGCUGUCCUGGUCAUUGCUUCUCAACCAGUGGACGUUAUGACACAUGUUGCCUGGAGACAAAGUCAUCUUCUGCCAACUCAAGUGAUCGGUGUGGGCUGUAAUCUGGACUCACAGAGGCUUUCUCACAUUAUCAACAUUUCACUAGUGGCUAAUAACACUGGCAAGCAGGCCUGGGUCAUUGGAGAACUCUCGGAGAACAAGGUGGCAGUAUGGGGUAAUAUGGGACCAGGAACUGACCAAUUGCAAGCAUUAACCCCAGUGUCCAACUCCACCAAACCCUUAAUGGACAGAGCAUUUGAGAUGAUCAAGGGAAGAGGCCAAAGAUCAUGGUCAGUUGGGUUGUCGAUUGCUGACAUCACCCACAGCAUUGUGACCAAUCAAAAGAAAGUACAUUCCGUCACAACACUGGCUGAGGGUUGGGGUGGAAUCGGUUCCAAAGUGUUCCUCAGCUUGCCGUGCAUCCUCGGCGAAACAGGCUCCACUCGAUUACCAGGAGUGGCUUUAGGGUCAGAAGAUGAAAUGAAGCUGAGGGAAAGUGUGGCGUGUCAGGUCAAUCUCUUCAUGCAGCUAAGAUUGUAAUCACCUCUUUAAGUGGUACAUUUGCUCUGCAGGUUCCACUAAAAUUGCACCUUUCAGAACACUUAUUUAAUGAGGGGUGAAGGACAUUGAAGACCCUUCCCGCAACACGUACUAAUACUUUCACAGCAGUAGCACUAAAGACGUAUAAAGCAUUAUGCAUAAUAUCCUUGCACUUCAAUACUGUUUACAACACAAACUAUAUAGAUGCAAUCCUGUUGCUAUAUAACUUAUUGACAGUGGUUAUCUGUUCAAAUAGUGCCUUUAUGGAAGGUCAUAUUAUGGUAAAUGGUUAAAUUAUGGUUGGGUGGUAUAAAGCUUUUACUCAUGAGGCAAAUCAAUCAAAAGGCAUACUGUAGUCAGGCAUACUGUUCUUGCUGUGCAUUUAUGCGAGCGAAUGUAUAUUUUAUUCUCUAAAAGAUUCCUGACGUAUAUUUUAUAUUUUAUUAUUAUGUCAUGUACUGUACCUCGGAAUGUGAAAUCAAGAAUUAAAGAUUGCAAUAAUGUAAAUAUUAAAAUAAACACUUAAAUUUACCAUG